CCUGUACGCUAAUACGGACGUUAGUUUCGCACGUCAUUUCCCUUCAAGCACACACAAAUUUUUGAAUUUUAAAAUUUUUGAAUUCUGAGCUGCUUUCUGUGUGUUAUUUUCAGUUAUCGCGAUUUGCGUUCGAAGUGUGCAAUUGGUGCAAAUCAUUUUGUGCAAUGAAUUGAGGAAAUAGCCUGCGCGCAGCCAAACGAAACCAAAACAACAACCAAAAUUAAUAAAAGAAUAGAAAAGUAUGCAAAAGAAUUACAAUUUUGAAAAGCAAAAAGUGUUAAACAUUUUAAAAUUCGCUGUGUGUGAAAAAUCUACGUGUGUCUGAAACUAAAGCCAACAGCUGAUAUGGCGCAAAAGAUUUAAAGAAAAAAACUGCGGCAGACGUUAAAAAGUGAAAAAUCGGCGCGGGAAAAGCAACAAACAAAAAACAGACGCAUAACAGCGGCGGCAAAUCCCUUUUUGCCCACGACCCAAGGCCAAAUGCAAUAAGCUGCAGCCACACACAACAACAACAGCAGCAGCAGCAGCAGCAGCAAAAACCAUAAACAAAGCGCAGUCUAAGCCAUCAAACAGCCCUCGCAAACAGAGCAGAGAUUGUUGUUUUUUUCGCCAACAGCCGCCAGAAUUGCUUUCUUGUACUUUGGACACACGUGCGCUGCGGCUGCGCCGUUGCCGUUGCCGUUGCCGCUGCCGUUGUCGUGCCCCCUGCCCGCGUCCUUGCCACCGUCAGUUGCCGCGCCUUUGGCAACGGCAUCGACAAUGAAGCUGUCAAAACUGUCCAACCAGACGAACUCGCAGGAUCCGCAGGCGGUUAACUCGCGCAUCUUUGUGGGCAAUCUGAAUACAUUUCAGUGCUCCAAAACGGAUGUGGAGCGCAUGUUUCAGAUCUAUGGCCGCUUGGCAGGUAUCUCGAUGCACAAGGGCUACGCCUUUGUGCAGUUCACCAAUCCCUUCGAUGCGCGCAACGCCUGUCACGGCGAGGACGGCAAGACGGUGCUCAGUCAGACCUUAGAUGUCAACAUGGUGGCCGAGCCGAAGGCGCAUCAAAUUGGCAGAAAACGUCAGAAUGUCAGCAAAACGGGUAACGAUUGGGACUACUUCUACGACAGCUACUGUUCGUCGGCGCUGCUGCGAGGCGGCGGAGGCGGCGGCAAUGUGAACGGCGUGCGUGCCAAGAAGCGCAAGCGUUUGAUGACCAACAACAAUGGUCUGACUGCCGUAGUGCAGCAGCAGCAGCAGCACAGUCAGCAUCAUCACAGCGCGGCAGCUGUGGCCGCUGCAGCAGCUGCUGCAGUUCAUCACCAGCAGCAGGCGGCGGUACAGCAGCAGCAGCAGCAGCACCAGCAACAGCAGCAACAGCAACAGCAGCAGCAGCAGCAGCAACAGCAGCAACAUCAUCAUCAUCAUCAGCAGCAAGUUGCAGCUGUUGCUAUGGCUGCCAUGGCCAAUUUGUUGCCACAGCAGCAGCUGUUGCUGCAUCAGCAAAAUUUGCUAUCGACAGCAGCAGCAGCAGCGGCAGCAACAACAGCGGCGCCCGGUGCCCUGCACUGGUCACAAUACAAACAGGACCCACAGCAACAUCAACAGCAACAACAACAACAGCAGCAGCAACAACAGCAGCAGCAGCAGCAACAGCAAUUUGUUGCAGCUGCCACAGGUUUCCAGUUGAAGAGCGUUAUUGCCGGGCAGUCAACGACUUCGCCACAGAAUGCAAAGUCAGCAAUAAUUGCUAAUCAAACAGCUCUCGUGGAGCAGUACGGUGCCUUUUCCCAGCAGCCGUCGCAUCACCAGCAACAACAGCAACAACAGCAGCAGCAGCAGCAACAACAAUUGGGCUGCCUGCUGCAGCCAUUGACUUUGGCAUUGUCCCCACAGCAACCGCAGCCGCUACAAUUGCACAGCCAAAUGAUGCAGCAACAGCAUCAACAGCAACACCAACAACAACAACAGCAACAACAUCAGCAACUACAGCAGCAUCAACAUCAACAUCAACAGCAGCAGCAGCAGCAGCAGCAACAUGCACAGGAGCAAUUAAGCUUGCAUCAACACUGGGGACCAUUCAAAGUCUACAGCAAUCCGGACACAUUAAUCUGCGGCAAUUGCCGGGAAUGCUUCAGUGAGCUGUCUGAGUUAUUGGACCACAAGAAAAGUUACUGCAAGCUGAGGUUCACAUGCAAGUGCCAGGAUGUGGCCUUUGCAGCGAAGACGCCGCCAACGAGCGCCAAAUUGCUUUGCGCCGUUUGCAAGGAUGCGUUCGCCAAUCCCUGGGACUUGAUGGUCCACGCACAGGCCGCACACAUGGUUAACAUUUACGAGCUGGGCGAUGAGGUCGCCAAUUCAACGGCAACCAACGGCAAUCGCAGCCCCAGCGAUGCAACUGCAGCAAUUGCAGCCAAUGGACAUGUUACUGCUGCUGCUGCAGCUGCAGCUGCAACUGUUGCCGAUGAUGAGGCAGCAGCCAUAACAAAGCACAUGCCAACGUCAGCAACACUUAACAAGGAGCCAAAUAACAAUAACAAAAUUAGCAACAAUAACAACAACAACAACAACACAAACAUCAACAACAACAUCAAUGGGCACAUCUCGCCCAUAGUCCACAGUAACAACAACAACAACAACAGCAGCAACAUUGCUGCUGCCACUGCCAUGGAUGUUGCUGCUGACGCUGACGUUGACGCCGAUGCCGCUACCACUGCCGCUGCCGGCGUCGCAGCUGUGGUCGCGAACGACGGCCACGUCAGCGGCAGCGAUACCGAGACCAAUUGCAUGGACAUCAAGUUCGGCCUCUGUGCCAGUCCCAAGGAGGAUCAGCAGCGAGAUGAUCUGUCGCUGGAUGGACGCCUGUCCAGUAGCUCGCAGACCCAUCACUCGGAUGACCUCAAUGUGAAUAUCAAGCUGAUUAACGGUUCCGUGUCCUCGCGUGGCAGCUCGCCCGGCUUGGAGUCGGACGAGCCGCCAGCAACGCGCGCCUGCAUUGUGCGCACCCUGAGCAUUGAGGCUGCUGCUGCUACAGCCACGCCCACUGCGAACGCCUUGAGUCUGAUGUCGAAUGGGCUCAGCUUGGCGCUGGCUCCGCAAUAAGUCGACUGUCAGCGGCUAACUGGACUGAAGCAGAAUCAAAAGUGUGGCUAAAUAUGAGCGGAGCAAGAGAUAGAGAGAGAGAGAGAGAGAGAGAGAGAGAGAGAGAGAGGGGUGUUCGAAGAGUAUUUAAAAUACUCGAAUUGCUUGUGGCUUUUGUGUAUUGAGAAUGUAAUCGUGUGUGCGAUGCAAGUGCAAUUUAUUCAGUAUUUUUGU